AAAUUUCAAAUCAGAUAAAAAAAAAAAGAGAAGGGGUGCUGGGUAGAUUGUAAGUACGAGAAGGACCAUACAAGAUCAAAACUCCAAUCCCCAGUUUCCAAACAACUCAGCGUGGAAUGUAAUUCGGUGGAAACUUCUUCUGGAAGGAAAAUCAAAGCUCAACGCAUCAAAAUCAGAAGCAGAGUUUAGUCAGACAGAGCAAUCGAUCGUAUAAGAGAUAAACCAUAGAGCCCGCCAACCGCCAUAGUUAUUAUCUAAUCUGAUUUCAUUGCGUUGUUUCUAUUCAAUUGUCAUCAGAACUGCAGACAACGACAACCUUUUAUGCCAAAGCCUUAAUCAACAAAAACGACACUGUUCAUCGUUUCUGCAAAGAUGUGAUUAUGAAGAGAAAAUAUUAUUGUUGAUAAUUAUUUAUUUAUUUUUUUUAUGAUUGUUUUAUUAAUCGGAGCAUGGCAGUGGUGAGUCCCGUGCCUGUGAUAACGCAAGGGGUGAAUCCGGUGACGUUUCACGACGGUCACGACGUUAGAGCUCCGGGAACCAUGGCCGUUCGGAGAGAAAUCGUGGAGGAAUCGGUGGCGCGUGUGAUUGAAGAGAAAAUCUAUGUCGCUGUUGGCAAAGAUGUGGAGAAGAACAAAUCUGUUUUGUUAUGGGCUUUACAACAUUCGGGAGGAAAACGAAUUUGCUUAAUUCACGUUCAUGAGCCUGCUAAGAUGAUUCCAAUUGCUGGCAUGGGUACUAAAUUUCCAGCUAGUAAACUCAAAGAACAGGAAGUCAAGGCAUACUGGGAAAUUGAAAGACAAGAAAUGCUUAAGAUCCUGGAUAAAUACGUUCUCCUUUGUCGCCAAACUGGGGUGCAAGCAGAGAAGCUGUACAUUGAAAUGGAUUCUGUAGAUAAGGGGAUUUUGGAAAUGAUAUCUGAGAAUGGGAUCCGGAUGCUUGUAAUGGGAGGAGCAGCAGACAAACAUUAUUCAAAGUAUAAAGCACAUAAGAAAGUAGCGGAUCUCAAGUCCAAGAAAGCCAUCUCUGUGCGUGAACAUGCACCUGCCUCUUGCCACACAAUAUGGUUUCUUUGCAAGGGACUUCUUAUCUUCACAAGGAAAAUAAGUUUACAUGUAAAUGAUACAGAAGUUGCAUCAUCUUCAGCAUCAGCAUCAUCACUGCCAGCAAGUCCAAGCCUUGAAUCUGGGGAAUAUCACCGCAGAUCACAAUCUGUUAUACCAUGGCAAACUAGUCAAUUGAAACCCUAUACAUCUACACCAGAUUCAUUACGUAGAGUGAGAUCUGAAGCUGCUUAUAGGUGUGUGGGAAGUGUAUCAGGUUUCACUUCCCCUGAUGAUAGUGGAGGGCUAUCAAUUCCGCAGAACAGAUCUGAUGCAGAAGGGAGUUCUGAUGAAUGUGAUGGUUUAUCCAGAAGAAGUACUCAGAGUUCAGUUUUGUCAUCAUGCUCUUCCAGCGGAAUGACUGAUGCAGCUGUUGUCCCAUAUACAGCAACCGAGGUGAAUGAAAAUGGAUUAGAAUCUAGUUCAAUGCCUCAGGCUAAAGAGAACUUUCAUCUGUCAUCUCCUCCCAGUGUUCUGGAUGGAAUUAUAGAUAAUACUCUUUAUAAUCGGCUUCAACAAGUAAUGGCAGAGAAAGUAAACUCAAGAAGAGAAGCAUUUGAAGAGGCAGUCAGGCAUGCAAAAGCUGAGAACGAUGCUCUUGAGGCUAUACGUAGGGUCAAAGCAUCGGAAAUCCUGUAUAUACAGGAGUUAAAACAAAGGAAAGAAAUUGAGGAAGCAUUAGCAAAAGAAACAGAGGAACUUGACAAGAUGAAGAACCGGCGAGAUGAGGUCAUGGUAGAACUUCAAGAUGCCUUGGAUCAGAAAUCAUCACUGGAGAAACAAAUCGUGGAAUCUGAAAAGGUGGUUAAGGAGCUCGAGGAGAAGAUAAUCUCAGCCGUUGAACUUUUGCAGAGUUACAAGAACGAAAGAGAUGAGUUGCAGAUGGAGCGAGACAAUGCACUCAAAGAGGCUGAAGAGUUGCGGAAAAGUCGAGCUGAGAUCUCAGGUGCACAUUUGCCUCAGUUUUUCACUGAUUUCUCUUUCUCAGAGAUUGAGGAAGCAGCUCGCAACUUUGAUCCCACCCUGAAGAUUGGGGAAGGGGGAUAUGGGAGCAUUUAUAAGGGUCUCCUGCGCCAUACCUCUGUGGCCAUCAAGAUGUUGCAUUCUCAUAGCUUGCAAGGCCCAUCAGAAUUUCAACAGGAGGUCGAUGUUUUGAGUAAGAUGAGGCAUCCAAAUCUGGUCACUCUCAUUGGAGCCUGUCCUGAAGCUUGGGCUCUUAUUUAUGAGUAUCUUCCCAAUGGAAGUCUUGAAGACCGACUUAGCUGCAGGGAUAAUUCCCCUCCUUUAUCAUGGCAAACACGAAUCCGUAUAGCUACUGAGUUGUGUUCUGUUCUCAUCUUCCUUCAGUCUAGUAAGCCUCAUGGCAUAGUGCAUGGAGAUUUGAAACCUGCGAACAUUCUCCUUGAUGCCAAUUUUGUUACUAAACUGAGUGACUUUGGAAUCUGUCGUCGGCUAAGCAGCAAUACAACUGUCGGCUGUAUAACUGACCCCAAGGGAACUUUUGCAUACAUUGAUCCAGAGUUCCUAGCUACGGGAGAACUUACUCCAAAAGCUGAUGUUUACUCGUUUGGAGUCAUAUUGUUAAGGUUGUUGACAGGAAAACAAGCCAUGGGUAUAACAAAGGAAGUGCAGUAUGCGUUAGAUAAUGGAAAUUUGAAAAAUCUCUUGGAUCCUUUGGCUGGUGAUUGGCCAUUUGUGCAAGCUGAGCAAUUGGCUAACCUAGCUUUGAGGUGCUGUGAGAUGAACCGGAAGAGUCGGCCAGACCUUUCAACUGAUGUGUGGAGGGUGCUUGAGCCAAUGAGGACUUCAUGCCGAACCUCAUCCCCGUUCCAGCUGGGUUCUGAAGAGCAUCACCAACCUCCUUCCUAUUUUAUCUGUCCCAUUUUCCAGGAAUUAAUGCUAGAUCCUCAUGUAGCUGCGGAUGGUUUCACUUACGAAGCAGAGGCUUUGAGAGGUUGGCUUGAUAGUGGUCAUGAUGCCUCACCCAUGACUAACAUUAAGCUGGCACACAGCAAUCUUGUCCCUAACCUCGCCCUUCGCUCUGCGAUUCAGGAGUGGCUGCAACAACACUAAAAAUACAGUACUAUCAUUUUACACUUUUGAUUCAACAUAUUGUUUGAUGUUUAUAGUUGUCUCAGACUUUGCAGUCACACUAUAUUUCCAUCUGUUGUAUUUGUAUAGAAGAGAUUGUUGGUAUUCCACAGAUUAGUGAAAUAAAAGUAUGAAAUAUUUCAA